AUGACUACCUACGGAACAAUCUCGGAGGACGAAGAAAUUCGAUCAAAUACAAACUUAGUUUACAUUUUGGAGGCGAGAGAUCGAAUCCAGGCCGGUUUGGGCGUAACAAGACCAUGGAAAGAAAUGAUCCAACCAUCCCGUGUCAAACUGCCAUCAUAUUUCUUGGACGCACUUCAAAGAAUCAACACGAACGCCGAACAUUUCCGCGCAAAUUACGUAAUCAUGAUAUUGUUCAUUCUUUUCCUUAGCUUACUAAGAAAGCCUACAUCAUUGAUCAUAUUAACUGUGAUGAUGAUAGGGUGGUUGUACUUGUAUUUCCUAAGAGUGACACCUUUGGUGAUUUUGGGGUAUGAAAUAGAUGAGAGAUUGGUGGUAAUAUCCUUGUUGUUGGUGACGAUUGGUUUGCUUGUUGUAACAGAUGUAACACAUAAUGUGAUAGUUGGAAUGUGCGUUGCUCUAGGUGCUGUGUUGAUCCAUGCUGUAUUGAGAGAAACUGAGGAUCUUUUCACAUUGGAUGAAGAUGUAAGAGUUGUAAGAGGUGUUAGACAAGUUAUCAAAGUCCCUCUUAGACAACCUGGUUCAUCUUCUUUUACUUUGCCUCCUUAG